GCGUCUGACAUUUACAUAAGGUACCUCACCUAUCUACUUUAUUUUAUCAGGUGCCCAGACACUCUUUUUUUUUUGUCUGUUUUCGUCUGGCAGGCAUCAAUUGUCAAUCAUCUCAAACUCGUCCAUCAUGAACGGGGAGAGUUAUUCUUCCAGAGAUGGAGGCCGUCAUGGCUCCUCUCGGGAUCACCAGUCGUCAAGAACAGACCGCGAAGACCGCCGAGACGACCGACACCGUGACCGUGACAGAGACAGAGGCGAUCGUGAUCGCGAACGCGACAGGGACCGAGACCGAGACCGAGACAGACCGCGCCGUCGCUCACGAUCACCCGAGUACCGCGGCAGCCGCUCGUCGCGCAGGGACGCCGGCGGCGAGCAGGACUCAUACUCGUCCAGCCGGAGCCACCGCGACCGCGAGCGUGAGGAUCGGUACGGCGGGGGCCGCGACAGGCGGGAGAGGGACUGGGAUCGCGACCGCGGCGGUCCGUCUCGACGCCGCGAGGAUGGCGACCGUAGAGGAGGCGACAGGGACAGAGGCGACCCCCACGACCGGCGGGCGGGGGGCGGCCGCAGGGGCGGCGAAAGGGAGGAGCGUCGCAGGAGUGCCAGUCCGCAACCCAAGAAGCGCGAACCCACGCCCGACCUGACCGACGUCGUGCCGAUCCUCGAGCGCAAGCGUCGUCUCACGCAGUGGGACAUCAAGCCCCCGGGCUAUGACAGCGUCACAGCAGAGCAGGCCAAGCUUUCGGGCAUGUUCCCUCUUCCCGGUGCGCCGCGCCAACAGACUAUGGACCCUACCAAGAUGCCGGGUGGGGGCCACCGUGGAGACCGGGAUCGCGAUGGUCAUCGCGGUCGUGAUGGGCGCGAUGGCGGGCGCGAUAGUGGAAGGGAUGGUGGACGCGACGGCGGACGUGAUGGUGGAAGGGAUGGCGACCGCGAAGGAGGCGACCGGCGUGGCGGGGCGGACAGCAACGUCACUCUGCGGCCUACUAACUCGCGACAGUCAAAGCGCCUUAUCCUUUCGAAUCUGCCUCCGGGAACCACUGAAGACAGCCUAGUCUCGUUCCUGAACCUACAGCUGAACGGCCUCAACGUCAUUGAGGCUAGCGACCCAUGCCUGGCCUGCCAGAUGGCCCCGGAUGGAUCUUUCGCCAUGGUCGAGUUCCGCAGCCCCAACGACACAACAGUAGCUUACGCUCUCGAUGGUAUCUCGAUGGAGGCUGAAGAUGCUGGUAAUGGAGAUGCCAACGGCGCAGCAAGCAAGGGGCUGGCCAUGCGUCGACCAAAGGAUUAUAUUGUUCCGGCUGUCGUAGACGACACUGGGUACGAGCCUGGAGUUGUUUCAUCACGGGUUGUGGACACGCCACACAAGAUCAGCGUGACCAACCUUCCAGCAUAUUUGACUGAUGAGCAAGUUGUCGAGCUUCUUUCAUCUUUCGGCGAGCUCAAGGCCUUCGUGCUGGCCAAGGAUAGCAGCACCGAGGAGUCACGCGGAAUUGCUUUCUGCGAAUACGUCGACGUUACGAAUACCGAUGUUGCCAUAGAAGGCUUGAACGGGAUGGAGCUUGGUGACAAGCGUCUGAAGGUCCGCAAGGCAAGCAUAGGAAUUACUCAAGUUUCCGGAAUGGAGAUGGGUGUCAAUGCUAUGUCGAUGCUUGCUGGCACUGUCGCGCAAGACCCUGAUCUUAGCCCCGUUCUGCAACUACUAAACAUGGUCACUGCGGACGAGCUUAUGGAUAAUGAUGACUACGAAGAAAUUUGCGAGGACGUACAGGAGGAGUGCGCCAAGUACGGCACUGUAAUCGAGAUCAAGGUGCCAAGGCCCUCGAGCGGAACGAAACAGGCUGCAGGUGUUGGAAAGAUUUAUGUCAAAUUCGACAGUAUCGAGUCAUCUACCAAGGCUCUCAAGGCAUUGGGCGGCCGCAAGUUUGCUGACAGGACGGUCGUCACUACGUAUUUCCCAGAGGAGAACUUUGCUGUAAACGCCUGGUGAGAUAUUAUAUGGUUGAUUGUAGGGGGGCUAGGAUAGGGCAAACAUGCUGGUGAUACCAAAUUCUCGUUUCGGGUGAAACUUUUACCAGGAGUUCUAUCUUCAAAUUUGGUGGAGGCCGAGAUAGCGUCGACUCGACAUAUUUGUACAACAUGAUAACGACCUCUAUGCCGAUGAUGGCACUCGAGGUAUGAAGAAGAGCUGGAGAAUAUUGCUGAAGGGCGCUGUACGCAGCCGUGGAGCGUGAGUAGCGAGGCAGUUGCGUAACAAAAGGCCAUGUUGAAUUGUUGAAUGGGCACAAGGUCCAAUUUUGCAAUGGUGACGAUAUGAAAUCAGU